AUGAUCGGAACUCAAGCUCAGGACUGGCCGACAGUGCACCAGUCUGCCGAGAUGCAAGCAUUGCGGGAUUACGUCACAGCUGCAGAUGGCUACAGAUAUGCCAACCAGGCUGCUAGCACCCUGCGGCUGGAUGUGACUCACUCCAACCUCAUUCAGCGAUGGCAUGACCUCGUGUUCGACAGCAGCAUGACCGUUGGCCGAGUCAAAGAGAAGUUGUAUUUUCACGGUGGCACACCAGCGGCAGAUCAGGAGUUGUAUUUGAGACGUGGUGGUGGUGAUACCCUUUUUCUUUGGGAUGAGAAAAAGACACUUGGAGACUAUGGUGUCAAGAACGGUAUGGAGAUUCACAUCAAGGAUACAAAUCCGUAUUCGCUCUCUGCCAACGGAGGCUUGGAGGAUGUGAGUCAGGUGCAAAAGUAUGUCAUGGCCGACGAGGAGUAUGAGAAACUUGAAAACAGUGUUCGAGCCAUCAAAAGGCGAGAGAAGGAGAAGGCAGAGGCUGAACGUGCGGCUCGAAUAGCUGCUGGGGAGGUCAUUGAGGAGGAGCCCAGCGAGAGCUUGGAGGAGGUUUCUGUCCGAAUACCACUUGGGAGCCGCUGCCAAGUGCACCCCGGUGGCCGGCGAGGAGAGAUUGCUUAUGUUGGUUCCGUCAGAGGCGCCAAGGGCAUUUGGAUUGGAGUUGGCUUGGACGAACCUCAAGGCAACAAUGAUGGAUCAAAAGCUGGAGAGCAUUACUUUGACUGCAAGGGAGACAAGUAUGGUUGCUUCGUGCGGCCAGACAAUGUAGAGGUGGGCGACUUCCCCGAAUUGGAUCCCUUCGUGAGACUACAAGAAGUGAAAGGGCUGAAAGGCGGCUUUCAAAUAUUGGACUUGAUGAACGCAGAUGAGUGCGAGGCCUUCGUGGAUGUCUUGGAGACCUUGGGCUUCCACACAGAUGCUGCCGUCUCAUUACCAUAUUCUUUCCGCCACAUGACAAACUGCAACCUUUGCGUACCAGAAUUUGUGGAUGAGACGCUCUUCAGACGUUGCGAGCAUCUUUUGCCCUCCAUUGCUGGCUGCAGACCUUUGGGAUUGAAUGCAAAGUUCCGGUGCUAUAGAUACCAGAAAGGUGAUUACUUCAAGCCACACACUGAUGGCUCAUGGGAUGGUUCCAGAAUUACCUCCAAAGGCUUCCAAAGUGAUGCUUACGGUGACCGGCACAGCCAGCUGACUUUCCUCAUUUUGUUGACUGAGGACUAUGAAGGUGGUUGCACCCGAUUCUUGGUGGAUCCUCGGGUGCAUACAUUUCAGCAAUAUGCAUGA